GGUCCGUAGUGUACAUUUUACAAUGUUUUGGAAAAAUUCACAACUUAAUUUUAAGAACUUCGCUCAAAAUUGGAAAUAAUAAAGUAAUUUAUAAUAUAACUUAAGCGAAGUACGACACCUAUUUGCGCAACAUAUCGAAGAUUCGCGCACACCUUGAAUCCAAAAGUGCUUGAUAUUUAAGGUGAGACUGAUAUUGGCUCUAAACAUUUGUGAGGAUCAUUCAUUAGUGCUAUAGCGGCGACAUUACUAAAACAGAUAACUGCGCAGUUAUAUUUAUGCAUUUUACACAUGUAUGUAUGUCCUUCAAAUUUGAUGCCAGGCGAAAACUGUACGGUACGAACAGAAAAAAACUACGAGCACAACAAAAAUGUCAACGGCGGGAAAUUUUGCUGAACAAGCGGAAAACAUUUCAUGCUGGCUUAAUGAGAAACUCUCCAUAAAAGAAGAGAGUAAUACCGACAGAAACUCCAACUCCAACACCAGCACCAACACCCACACCAGUACCAACACCAACAACAACAACAAUUGUAGCACAAACAAAUACAUUACGCCAGAACCAACAGCAACGGCAAAAAUGAGCGCCAACAGUAUGAACAACAGCCAAAGCAAAGAAUUCAAUGAAAUCUGUAAAAAAGCGCAAGCUGGUCAAAAAAUUAUGAUUAUUAUGCGGGGACCGGCGGGAAGUGGUAAAUCCACAAUGGCCAAAUCAAUAUUAAAUCAAAUUCAUAUACUGGAUCAGUAUCCCAUUACGGAUUUCGUGUACAGCAGUGAUGAUUACUUUCUCACGGCUAAUGGCUACGAAUUCAAUCCAAAUUUCCUGCCAGAAGCGCAUGAGUGGAAUAAGGAGCGUGUGAAGCGCAAAGCGGCAGCUGGGUGGAGCCCCAUCAUAGUGGACAAUACGAAUAUUAUGAAAUGGGAAAUGCAACCGUAUGUACAAAUUGCCGUGCAGCAUGGUUAUAUAGUGGAGCUACUGGAACCCCAAACAAGUUGGUCCAAAUCAGCUACAAAACUGGCCCAGAAGAACGUGCACCAGGUACCAAAAGAUACCAUAAAACGCAUGAUUGAUCGCUAUGAGAAGACCAGCGUGGCCGAGCUAAUCGGGUUUCUUAAGGAUACCAAAUACACAGUGCCAUUGCCGCAGUUGCGACUGCAGCCGCCGCUGCCGACGCUGCCAGCACCAGUAACUUCAUCAGUACAACCGGAACGACCCAGCUCCAAAAGCCAAUCGGAUGGCUUCAAACUAAAUGUUAAUGCUCAAACCUGGAUGCCGUAUGAGCAAAAUGUGAAUAAUUAUUGGGCACAGCAGAGUGACCUUCCCAUACAAACAACUGUUGCCAGCGGUGCAGGAGCAACAGGUGAAAGUUCGUUACUGGAUUUGUUGCGAGAUGAUCAACCAGAAGCAGCGAUAAGUGGGGAUUCAGCAUCGGUCACAGAUGCUGCUCACAACGCCCUGCAGCGGCACAGCUUGAACUGUCCGAACGAGGCGGAUGGCUUUGUGCUAUUACGUCAAAUGUAUCCGAACAAACAGUUGGGAGGUCUCUGGGACUUGUAUGGGAAGUGCAACGGCGAUGUCGAUUGGGCAGUGGACAUAUUAAUCAAAGAAGAUGAGCUCAAAACAGACAAUGCUGACGAGACGUUACUCCAGGAAGUCGAAGAAUUUCAAUGCAAUUGCAACCGGAACAAUUUUCAAAUGCAAACUGUAGCUACCCCUGCUGCUGUAUGCCCACCAAUACUGAACAAAUACCAGUCGAAGCCGCAGCGUCAGCCACGUGCCAAGCGCAAUGCUGGCACUGGUUUUGCCAACAGGGAACUACAGCUGGAGAUCGAAAACCGUUUUGUUUUAGGCGAUGAUCAGUAUUCGGAGCAUACGCGCAAAAUACGAGACAUACGCAAUGGAAUUUUAGAUCAACCGCUGCCAGUCGUGGAGCCAGCACCAGCUAUUGUUACUGCUGGUGCGUCUUCAGUUGCUGACGAGGACGACGAUGAUUCGGAGGAUAAUGCAUUGUUAGAAAUAGAUCUGGGUGAAUGUUUAAUUAAGCAACUGCGCAGUCAUUUUCAGUGGGAGGGUGAAAUGCUGCCCAAAGAGUCGGAGUCAUUGCCAACCAAGGUGUUUAUGCCACGACAUCAGGCCAAGCAGCUCUACAUGGUUUGGAUGGAAGCGGUUCACAAUCAGCUUGAAGAACAACGUCAGCAAACAUUGCGAGACGAUGAGCAAUUCGCACGUCUACUCAAGCAUCCAAAAUAUGCCGAAUGCAGCGAAUCGCCUGGCAAUGUAAACGAACUGCUUGAUAUGGAGCUCGCCUGGAGCAUCUACAACAGUGAACACCAAGCAGCAAAUCAAGCGAUUCAAAACAAACCCAAUGAUAUUGCCACUCACUUAACAAAAAUGAAACUAUGCGAGAAAUUUCCUGAAAUACCCUGCGAUACCGUGCUGCAGGUUUUUGCAGAGACAGAUAAUAACUAUGUAAAGACCGUGGAGGUGUUGGAUAGCGAUGUAAAGGUUGAAUUAACCAGCGCCGAGCUCUAUGAGCAGGCACAGCUUGAAAACGAAAAGCUCAAUCAACAAGUGCAACAGCCGCCGCAACUGUCACAGCCGAAACUUGCCAGCCCACGUACCGCAGGCACUGCCAAAUCGCAGUCGCCACAGUUGCACGAAGAAGCCAAGUGUGCCGCAUUGCGAGACUUUGAAGAGACACGUAACUUAGCCGCCCAUCAUGCCCAACUGAGAGCAGAAUGCAACUUGAAAGCUAAGCAGGCGAUACAGCAAGGCAAUGGAAGCGUUGCGCUCUACUACUCAGAAAUUGCUCAGCUGCAUAAGAAAAAGAUGGACUUUUUCAAUCAUCGUGCGGCCAACUGCAUCAUGGAGGUACAUAAGCAUACACAAAACAAUCCAGAUCUGCUUGAUCUACACUAUCUACAUACUAUAGAGGCGGUUAGCAGUCUCGAUUUAUUUCUGGAUCGUCAUAUAAAUGUUCUGCGCAACUGCACACGAGUCUAUAAGCAUGUUUUUAUCAUAACGGGUCGAGGGCUACACAGUGCAAAUGGUGUAUCGACCAUUAAGAAAAAUGUGAAGGCUAGAUUGGCAGAGCGACAUUUGCGCUGGCAGGAGGUUAAUCCGGGUCUUCUUCGCGUCAAAGUUUUUUCGGCGUCACGUCACUCUAAGAACUUUUGACCAUUUACAUGAAGCUUCACUAUAUAUAAAAAUAUACAUUAAGUUGUACAGCAUUCGACAGCAAAGAAGGCAUGCUAUUCGAAGGAAUAAUAUAUAUGUUGCGCCACCUCACUUAAAUUUUUGUAUAAUUCUUACAAAAUUAACAGUUAAACGAUACGUACAUUCGCAUUAUUUUUGUGUGUUCAUCAAACAUUCCCCACACUAUUUAAUAAGCAUACCCAAUCGUUAUUAUAACAUUUU